GAAUUCAUUUGAGUGACCAGUAAUACUCCACAAAAGCUAGAGAGAGAAACUGAGCAGUGCUGAGGGGGGGGGAGAGCAACAAAGAGAGAGAGGGAGAGAGAAUUCCACAUUCUCAAUCUCUCAUUAUUGUUUCUUUUAUUUAACUUCAUUUGUGAAUUUUUGAUUCGCAUUUGUAAAUUAUUGGUGUAAAUUAGAACUGGAUUGGAUGGCGGAGCAGAAAGGAAGGUGGAACUGGGAGGUGACGGGGUUUGAGCCGCCGAGGAAGUCACCGGAGCGGGAGGAUCAUUAUCAGAGACCUCCGCUGUUGGCUCGGAGGUACUCGAUUUCUACGUCUUCAUUUUCGACGCAUUCUGAGCUCUCCAAGCAUGCUCUCAGCUCCAAGCUUUUCAAACUGAAGGAUAAAGUCGAGCAUGUGAGAGAGGAUUACAUGGAGCUUAGACAAGAAGCCGUUGAUCUUCAAGAGUACUCAAAUGCAAAAAUGGAUCGCUUGAUGCGAUAUCUAGGUGUACUUGCUGAUAAAACUCGUAAACUAGAUCAGGCUGCGGUUGAAAUGGAAGCUAGAAUGUCUCCGCUGAUAUAUGAGAAGAAAAAAUUGUUUAAUGACUUAUUGACGGCUAAAGGAAGCAUUAAGGUAUAUUGUCGUGCAAGACCACUUUUUGAAGAUGAAGGUCCAUCAGUUGUUGAGUUUCCGGAUGACUGUACUGUUCGUGUCAAUACUGGUGAUGAUAACGUCUCCAAUCCAAAGAAGGAUUUUGAGUUUGACAGGGUUUAUGGUCCUCAUGUUGCACAAGCUGAACUUUUCGCUGAUGUUCAGCCAUUUGUGCAGUCGGCAUUUGAUGGGUAUAAUGUUUCUAUAUUUGCUUAUGGACAAACGCAGUCAGGAAAGACACAUACUAUGGAAGGAUCUAGCCAUGAUCGUGGCCUAUAUGCUCGAUGCUUUGAGGAGCUGUUUGAUUUAUCCAACUCAGAUACAACUUCUACCUCAAAAUUUAAUUUCUCUCUCACGGCUUUUGGGCUUUUCAAUGAACAGAUUAGAGAUUUGCUUUUGGAAUCUCAGAGUGGUCUUCCAAAGAUCCAGAUGGGCUCCACAGAUUAUGUUGCUGAACUUGUGCAGGAAAAAGUUGAGAAUCCAAUUGAUUUCACCCGAGUCCUCAAAGUGGCAUUGCAGAACCGAGGAACCGAUGUAUUAAAGUUUAACGUCUCUCAUCUGGUCAUCACUGUGCAUAUAUAUUAUGACAACUUGAUUACGGGUGAGAACUUAUAUAGCAAGCUUUCUCUUGUUGAUUUGGCUGGAAGUGCAAGUUCCAAUGUUGAAGAUGAUAGUGGAGAACGUGUGACAGACCUGCUGCAUGCCAUGAAAUCACUCUCCGCUUUGGGAGAUGUUUUGGCUUCUUUAACAUCCAAUAAGGAAACAGUUCCUUAUGGAAAUUCAGUGCUCACAAAAUUACUUGCAGAUUCACUAGGUGGAAGCUCGAAAAGCUUGGUAAUUGUUAACGUCUCUCCAAAUGCUGCAAAUUUGACUGAGACACUAUCAUCCCUUAACUUUGCUGCCAGAGCCCGAAACUCUAUUCUCAGCCUGGGAAAUCGAGAUACGAUUAAGAAAUGGAGGGAUAUUGCAAAUGAUGCACGUAAAGAAUUGUAUGAAAAAGAGACGGAGAUCAGCUACUUGAAGCAAGAUGUUUUGGGACUUAAACAAGCUCUAAAACAUGCAAAUGAUCAGUGCGUCCUUCUUUUUAAUGAAGUUCAGAAAGCUUGGAAAGUUUCUUUUACACUUCAAUCUGAUUUAAAGUCAGAGAAUAUUAUGCUUGCUGAUAAGCACAGAAUAGAGAAAGAGCAAAAUACCCAGCUUAGGAAUCAAGACCUGUCUGCUGCUCUAGCUCUUAGGAAAGAGAUGCCUCCAAAACGGGGAAAAGUGGAAGUUAAUACUGAGAUGCAAAAGAAUAAAUAUGAGAAAUUGAGUUUGAGUGUCAUAGAAUUGAUCCUCUUUCUUGUUGAAAUCACGUCACCUGCAUAUUGGUUAAAUUCUCUGGUUUUGCAGAGGUUGCAUGAAGAAAAUGAGAGACUUUUUGACAGAUUGACUGAAAAAUCGACUUCAGCUGGUUCACUGCAGGUUUCAAGCCCAUCCCCUGGAGGACAAGAGGUUACAUCUCGUGACAUGGCAAGAAAUGAUAAUAAUAAUGUUAAAGGGCGAUCUGUAGCUGUUCCUUCACCUUUGGCCUCAGAUAAGACUGAAGGCACAGUUGCUUUGGUUAAAUCAGGUGUUGAGAAAGUAAAGACCACGCCAGCUGGUGAAUAUCUUACUUCUGCUUUGAACGAUUUUGAUCCUGAACAGUAUGACAGUCUAGCUGCAAUUUCAGAUGGCGCAAAUAAACUUUUGAUGCUGGUUUUGGCUGCUGUCAUUAAAGCUGGCGCUUCUAGGGAGCAUGAAAUACUGGCAGAAAUACGAGAUGCUGUUUUUGGUUUUAUUCGUAAAAUGGAGCCAAAAAGGGUGAUGGACACCAUGCUGGUUUCUCGGGUUAGAAUUCUGUAUAUCAGAUCUCUGCUUGCUAGGUCACCUGAGCUGCAGUCUAUCAAGGUUCCACCAGUUGAGCGAUUUCUGGAGAAAGCAAAUAGUGGAAGAAGCAGAAGUUCUAGUCGUGGUAGCAGCCCUGGAAGAUCUCCCGUCCGAUAUGAUUCUGGUUCGAGGAAUGCUCUUGUAGAGGAUCAAAUUCAAGGGUUUAAAGUAAAUAUUAAGCCAGAAAAGAAGUCAAAAUUGUCAUCAGUAGUUUUGAAGAUACGCGGUAUUGAUCAGGAAACAUGGAGACAACAUGUAACUGGUGGAAAGCUGAGAGAAAUAACUGAAGAAGCCAAAAGUUUUGCUGUUGGAAAUAGGGCUCUUGCAGCGCUUUUUGUUCAUACUCCAGCUGGUGAGUUACAGCGUCAGAUCCGGAAUUGGCUAGCUGAAAACUUUGAUUUUCUCUCUGUGACUGAUGAUACGGUUGGAGGAGCAACUGGUCAGCUAGAGCUUCUUUCUACUGCAAUAAUGGAUGGUUGGAUGGCUGGACUUGGUGCUGCUCAACCUCCUAGUACUGAUGCUCUGGGGCAGCUCUUAUCUGAGUAUGCAAAACGAGUUUAUAAUUCUCAACUGCAGCAUUUGAAGGAUAUUGCUGGUACCUUGGCAACUGAAAUAGCAGAGGACUCUGCUCAAGUAGCUAAAUUGCGAUCAGCCCUAGAGUCCGUUGAUCACAAGAGAAGAAAGAUUUUGCAACAAAUGAGAAGUGACAUAGCAUUGGUGACUCUAGGGGACAGUGGUUCACCCAUCAGGAAUCCUUCAACUGCAGCUGAGGAUGCACGACUAGCUUCUUUAGUUUCCCUUGAUGGCAUACUGAAGCAAGUGAAGGAUAUAAUGAGGCAGUCUUCAGCAGGAAAACUGAGUAAGAGUAAGAAGAGAUCGAUGCUUUCAUCUUUGGAUGAACUUGCAGAUCGAAUGCCUUCUCUACUUGAUAUUGAUCAUCCUUGUGCGCGAAAACACAUUACAGAGGCUCGUAAAGCUGUAGAGUGUGUUGCUGAGGAGGAUGACCAGCUUCAUCAUGCGGCAAAUGCUUCAAAACUUUCAGCAGACAUGGGGUCUGCUGUUGAAACAGAUGUGGGACAGUGGAAUGUUUUGCAGUUCAACACAGGCUCAACAACCCCAUUCAUCAUAAAGUGUGGAGCUAACUCGAGUUCUGAAUUGGUGGUUAAAGCUGAUUCCCGGGUUCAAGAACCCAAGGGCAGCGAGAUAGUUAGAGUUGUUCCAAGACCAACUGUUUUAGAGAACAUGAGCUUGGAGGAAAUGAAAGAGUUAUUCGCUCAACUUCCCGAGUCUCUGAGCUUGCUUGCUCUUGCUAGGACAGCGGAUGGUACUCGAGCUCGGUAUUCUAGAUUGUACAGGACUUUAGCUAUGAAGGUUCCAGCUUUGAGGGACCUAGUAAACGAACUGGAGAAAGGGGGAGUGCUGAAGGAUGUAAAGUCCUGAUUAUCUUUGUGCUGCUGUCUUUCACUACUGUAAAAUGAUUCUGAAGUUUGAAUUUUGAGUGGUAUUUAUUGGAUGACGUCAUUUAAGCCGGUGUUUUUGGUCUAUGGUGUGCGGCUUAUUUGCAUUGAUGGUAAGUUGAUGGAUGUUAAGCCAAUUUUGUGAUUUACAUUAUUGUAAAUAAGUAUUUUAUCUGCUACA